AUGAACAACAUGAGCAAGAGAAGGGUCAGCACGUUAAGGGAAUUCCUUAUGGUUACACUAAGUCAUGCAGAGAGAAGGCCAAACGCAAAUAAACAGUUGGUGAGAGACCGGCUUAGGCAACUAUUCGACUGCAGGGCCAUUCUAGUUGCAAAAGAGAACCAUAGUGAAGGUGGGUAUAACCUUCAUGCGGGUGUACGCAACAGAACUGCAUCCAAAUCCAAGAAUACUGCAACUAAGAAAAUGAGAGAGGUGUUCCAAGAAUGGGAAGGAGGAGCAAUCGAUGUGAGAUUUCAUAGGGGUUGGGCUUCCAUCUGUAGAUAUAUUCUUAAAGAGGAUAAGGAACCUCUUGUAUGGGGGGAGUAUACGAGGCAGCAAAUCAUUGAGAUUGCCGGGGCGAGUCCAAAGCUCAAAAGGUCUAGGUCUCAGACGAGUCUCCCAGAGCAAAUCAUAGACAAGCUCCUAAGAUGUCAGGAUUGGCCGAUAAAAACAAAGCAGCUAUUCAUUUAUGGAGUGCCAAAUAUGCAGAAGACAGCCCUUUUCCAUAUACUAUCCCGUGUUUUAAGAAUCUAUUUUACCAGCUCCCGAGGAGAUGAUCUCACUGGGGCACACAAUUACUAUGAUCUAUGGGUUUUCGAUGAAUCCCACGAACCAAAGGAUUCACGGGGAUUUCACAAGAAAGCAAAUGUGCCUAUCGUAAUGAUAGCCAACAAACUACAAGUUAGCAUGAAAGAUCAGGAACCCCCAACACAGUUUUCACUAUGUUGA